AUGGCAGGGGAAGAGCAUGCGUUAGCCGUUCUCUUACGAGCACUGCAGGGUCUCGCACCUAAAGACUUUCAGGAGUUUAAGACGAAGUUAUCGGAUGUUCACGUGGAAGGAGGAUGGAAUAUCCCCAAGGAUUCGCUGGUCAAGGCCGCCCACCCUUGCGCACUUGUGCACUGCAUGGGCGAGAACUACAGUGAAGACGCCGCGAUGGACAUAGCGAUUGGGUUGUUCGAAGAGAUGAACCAGAGAGACCUCGCUGAGAAACUCCUGGAUGAGAAGGUGAAAGAGUACAAGCGGAAAUACAGAGAGCAUGUGGUCCGGGAGUUCCUCCGGUACAAAGAAGUGAACUCCUGUCUCGGGGAGAACCUGUCCAUCAGCAGCCGCUACACCGACCUGACCAUCGCCAGGAAGCCUCGGAGCAAGCGUGGAGGUGAGCAUGAAGCUGUGGGCGCCAGCCGUGGAUGUGCCGACGCCGGCAACAGACCAGCCACCGUCACCGUCACCGCACAGACGCUGUUUAAACCCGACAGAGACGGGCAAACGCCACAGGUUGUGGUGCUGGUGGGGGCCCCGGGGAUGGGGAAGACGAUGACGGUCAGGAAGGUGAUGGUAGAGUGGGUGGAAGGGACCCUCUACACGCAGUUUGACUACGUCUUCUGCAUAGACUGUAAAGACAUUGCCUUUACCAAGGAAGCGAGCGUGGCAGACCUGGUUUCAAAGUGCUGCCCUCACAGGCGAACGCCGGCUGGGAAGAUCCUGGAUGACCAGAAGAAGAUCCUGUUCAUUUUUGAUGGCUUCGAGGCCCUGGGAUUUUCCUUGGUUCAGCCUGAAGUUGAGCUGAGCUCUGACCCCAGGGAAGUGAAGCCUCUGGAAACCACCCUGAUGAGCUUGUUGAAGAAGGCUGUCCUGCCCGAGUCCUCCUUGCUCAUCACCACGAGGCCGAUGGCUCUUCAAAGCCUGGGGCAGUGCCUGGAGGGUGAGUAUUACGCAGAAAUACUGGGAUUUUCGGCAGCCAUGAGGGAGGAAUAUUUCCACAGGUAUUUUGAGAACGACAAUAAAGCCGACGUGGCCUUCAGGUUUGCCAGAGGCAACAAGAUCCUCUACAGCUUGUGCGUCAUCCCCGUCAUGAGCUGGACUGUCUGCACCAUCCUUGAACAAGAGCUUUACAAGAAGAAAAACCUCGUUGAGUGCUCUAAAGCCACCACCUGGAUGAGCGUGUUUUACCUCUCCCGGUUAAUGAAGUGCAGAGGCAGGGACAACCCGCAGGACCUCCAGCGGUUCCUGCGCAAGCUCUGCUCCUUGGCUGCCGAUGGCGUCUGGAAGCACAAGGUCCUCUUUGAGGAGAAGGAAAUCAAGGACCGUGGCUUGGACCAGCCAGACCUUCUCCCCCUCUUCCUCAAUGAGGAGAUCUCAAAGAAAGGUGUAGACCGUGAGAACAUCUACAGCUUCACUCACCUGCACCUCCAGGAGUUUUUUGCGGCGAUGUUUUACGUUCUGGAGGACGAUGAGGAAAUGGUCGGCGACUCGGGGGCUCUCGCAAAGGACGUAAAUAUGUUAUUAGAAAGUUAUAGCAAGUCCAGGAAGGAUUUGAACUUAACAGUGCGGUUCCUGUUUGGUCUGAUAAGCCAAAAAUCGAUAGAGUACGUGGACAAAAUCAUCGGGUGCAGAAUUUCACCGCAAGCCAGGGAAGAUAUGCUGAGGUGGCUUCAGGGGAGGCACAGAGGCAUCUCCCAUCCCAGCCAAGCGCUGAAGGUUUCGGAGUUGGACACUUUCCACUUUUUGUUCGAGAUGAACGAGAAAAGCUUCGCGCAGAGCGCGUUGGGUCAUUUCACCGACGUAGACUUGCAGGACAUCAAGCUGACCCUGUACGACCAAAUGGCUCUUUCCUUCUGCAUCAGGCAGUGGGCCGGGCUGGGCUGCGUCACCCUCCGGGGAUGCUCCUUCCGCCAGCAGGAUCCCGGGAAGGAGCUGGCCGCGUCGGUGCCUCG